GGCAAAACAAAAUGGCGGAUUUUCAGAAAAAGGGGUCAGAGCUGCUGACCAUAAAGCAGUUAAAAUAAAUAUACAAAUGAAUAUAUACUGUAAUUAGUUAGGUUGGCAAACGGAUCACUGUCAACUAAUUGAAUAGUAUUUGUUUAUUUUUUAUAAGUUGUAACUUUUUCCUGUGGCUGUUUAACCAUCGUAUUGGUAACUUUACAAAGUCUGUCCAACAACCGCCAUGGCGGAGGAGAGGAGGCCAAAGCAGUGCACUGUGGUUCUGCCCACUGAGUCUAUGAAGGCCAUGGCAGAGUCCAUAGGUGUGGGCCAACUACAAGAGGAGAGCUGUGCCGCCCUGAGCGAGGAAGUCAGCUACAGAAUAAAGGAGAUUGCCCAGGACGCUUUGAAGUUUAUGCACCACGGGAAGAGACGUAAACUGAUGACCAGCGACAUAGAUCAUGCUCUUAAAAUUAAGAAUGUAGAGCCCCUCUAUGGCUUUCAGUCACAGGAGUUUAUCCCAUUCCGCUUUGCCAGCGGUGGAGGGAGAGAACUUCACUUCUAUGAGGAGAAAGAGGUGGACCUCAGUGACAUUAUCAACACACCGCUCCCUAGAGUCCCACUUGACGUUUCGCUCAAAGCUCACUGGUUAAGUAUUGAAGGUGUCCAGCCUGCUAUACCGGAGAAUCCACCCCCAGCACCUAAAGAGCAACAAAAGGCUGAAUCUACAGAGCCCCUGAAAGCCGUAAAGCCGGGUCAGGAGGAGGAGGGCUCCAUCCAGAAGGGCCAGGGAGCUACUUCUGCAGAGGCUAAAGGUAAGAAGGAGGGUCUGAUAAGGAUGAAGCCCCGCAGUACUCAUGAGCUCUCAGUGGAACAGCAGCUGUACUACAAGGAGAUAACAGAGGCCUGUGUCGGUUCCUGUGAGGCCAAGAGAGCUGAGGCUUUACAAAGUAUUGCUACAGACCCAGGACUCUACCAGAUGCUCCCCAGAUUCAGCACUUUUAUCUCUGAAGGGGUUCGCGUGAAUGUGGUGCAGAACAACCUGGCCCUGCUCAUUUACCUGAUGAGGAUGGUCAAGGCCCUCAUGGACAACCCCACACUCUACCUGGAGAAAUAUCUGCAUGAGUUGAUCCCAGCGGUGGUAACGUGCAUCGUGAGCAAGCAGCUGUGUUUGCGGCCGGAUGUCGACAACCACUGGGCCCUGAGGGACUUUGCCGCCCGCCUCAUGGCACAGAGCUGCAAGACCUUUAGCACCACCACUAACAACAUCCAGUCCCGCAUCACCAAAACCUUUACCAAGAGCUGGUUGGAUGAGAAGACCCAGUGGACGACGCGGUAUGGCUGCAUCGCUGGACUGUCUGAAUUAGGACCUGAUGUGAUCAAGACGUUGAUCAUACCUAGACUCACCAUAGAGGGCGCUCGUAUCAAAGCAGUGAUUGAAGGACCUGUGGUCUCCAACAUCGAUAAGAUAGGAGCCGAUCACGUCCAAAGCCUUUUACUGAAACACUGCGCCAGCGUCAUCGCCAAGACUCGCCCCCUGCCAGACAACAUGGAGCAGUACCGGGUAGACUACGGCUACCUGGGGCCAAUGUUGUGUUCUCACGUGGUAAAGGCCCGCGCCCAGGCGGCACUACAGGCCCAGCAGGUCAACAGAACCACGCUAACCAUCACACAGCCUCGGUCUACUCUAACAGUGUCCCAGAGCGGGAUAGGCGGGUCAGUGGGGUCACGUACCCCCAGCAUCAUCAAGGUACCCAGCUCCCUGACCCUCAUGUCCACCCGCCCAGGAACCCCAACGCAGCCUUCGCCCCCGGCAACCAAGUACAUUGUCAUGGCCACCAGCGCUGGGGCAUCCUCCACACAACAGGUGAUCACCCUGAGCUCCUCCUCGGCCUCCUCCGUGACCAGCACAGUGGCCAGCGCCGCCUCCACUUUGCAGCCCUUGGUCAAGCUGGAGUCUGGAGGGGGAGGCAGCCUGGGGGGAUCUCGGCCCCUCCAGAAGUACAUUGUGGUGUCCCUCCCCUCAUCCGCCUCCUCAUCCCUGGAGAGCAAGAGCGGUAUGCUCCCACCCUCGUCUUCCUCGCUGGAGGCCGGGAUGAAGAUGGAACGCUCUGACUCCCCCGGGGCCAGCACGCAGUCCCCUCACUGAUACUCUGGGGACAUCUCAAAUGCCACCCUAUUCCCUAUAUAGUGUGCUACUUUGGGGCUCUGCUCAAAAGGAGUGCAUUAUAUAAGGAACAGUGUGCCGUUAGGGAUGCAGACACUGGUGGCUGAGUGUCGUUGAGGCAGCCCUCCGACUGUUGACGGUGAUGAGUGAGACUUCUACCUCUCUGAUCGGACAACGCCUCAGUGCCUGGGGAGGGACUUUGAGGGGUGAAAACUAAGCUACCUCUUAGUCUGGAGAAGCAGAAGGAUUGUCAGGAAACAAGGGGUAUAUUAUUUGAAAAUACCACAGAUAUAUAGACCAGAUGGGAUUGAAUGGAUGGCUGGACGCAUGCAGUAAUGUGCUCAAAUCCCAUCCCUUACUCGACAUAUUGUACAUACAUUCACACUUGUCUAAAAAGCUGUGUGGGCAUUUAUAAUGGUUCAACCAACAUUCUAAUUGAUUUCAUGUUCCUUUUUUACACUAUAAUAAACCUGAUUUUGUAAGGAUUGUA